CCUAAAUCCAUCGAGAAGUGAGGUGGCGGUGAAAAGAUCCGUUCAAUCGACCUCAGAGUGCCAAGAUGGAGGGCAUGAUCAACUACUUCAUUCCGGACGACGGCGACACGCCAGACCACCUCAACGUGUUCCCCAUCCCAUCACAACACAAAAGCAACCUAAAGCUUGCCCACAUCAAGAAGGAAUUUCCCAUCCCAGGCAAGUUUCACUUUCGCUUUAAGCAAGCAUUCGAGGGCACGUAUGUGUGGUUGGAUGUCAACGACGACGACCCGGUACCUGAUUUCAAUGGUCUCAUCAUCAGCAAGAUUUCACGUAUCUCGGACGUCGAAGUACCCGCGCAACACACAAGCACGUCGUCUGCAUCGAGCAAGUCGGCUGCGUCAUCUCCACCUUGUGUCCAAACCGACCCUUCUGCUGUCCCUGAUCUCAUUCAAACGAAUGUAUCCACGCCAAAAGCAGUUGACACUGCGCCCAAGGUGUUCAACGACGACCUCGUGGGACUGAUGUCCACUCCUAUCACGAGCCAGUCCCCGCGCGGUCCUGCUAUCGCCAACCCGUCGCCUUCCGCGCAAUCACAACAGCCAGGAGACGCUUUCGAUGUGUUCGCAGGCGCGAACCCAACGAUCAAGCCACCGACGCCACGAGGAGCAAUGGGUGGGGCGCCAUCACCCAUGAACCCACCGCCCUCCGGGAGUAUGAAUCAAUUCAACAACUUGCAUGGUGGUCAGUUCAGCAUGGGCGGUCCUCCCCAACCACAGCAGGGCUUCAACCUCGGCCGUCCGCCUAUGAUGAAUCAAAUGAAUCCGAGCGGGAUGGGCCAGAUGGGACGCCCGCCGCCGAUGCAACAAAACGCCAACGGGUUCAACAACCUCCAGUGGCAAGGCAUGAAUCCGAUGCAGCAGCAACAGCAGCAGCAACGCCCACCGACAGGCCAACCCCCACGACAAAACUGGUAACGAGCAAGAUGGAUUACCGAUGCAACGAGGAUAGCGGUAGGAGAUUGAGUCCUAAAGGACAUCUCGCGUUUUGCAUUGGGUUUGUGUACAAUUGCUUUCAGAGUCAACGACAACAGAGAUUUCGGUGGCGAAUUCGCUUUAUAUUUUGAUAAUCAAGGCUUACUCACGGGUAGCAAAGUUACGGCUGGAUGGGCCUCGU